AACAGUAGGAAAGUGCUCUAUUCUUAUAUUGUAUCUGAGAGCUGUAAAAGGAAGGGACAACCCCUAUGUCUAUCAGCCUUUCACAUAUGCUGGGUGGUUUUAACUUUCUUGACAUCGAUUUGUCCGACUUUCCUUCCUUUUUCUUUUCGCAAACUGUACAAACCUCUUCUCCUUAGACUUAUUUUAAGUCUAUCCGUAUAAAAUAAACCAACAGAAAAGUAAAUGACAAGCGGCAAUCAAGAAUGGUUGCCCAUGCCAAGUGGAAUCUCAAUAACAACUCAUGACUCAUUUACGACAGACUUGCUGAAACAAUUUGAUUUGAAGAGUGCUGAGUUAUUAUACAGUGGCAUACUGUUGUCUUUAGAUCAGUAUAAUAUGAGCGCUGAUGAUUUUAUUGGACCUACUUCUGAAAUUAAGCAUGCAGUAACGGCAAGCGGAAGAGAAAGCGAAGGGAAAUACAAUAAUGAUAGCCAGAUGGAAACAAAUAUGGCCUCCUCCAUCUCUACCUGUACGAAUAAUCCCGAAAUUCAGGGCUGUUCGAUUAUCACUCAAGACAAUGCUCUAACAGCCACUACUCCUGCAGAAAACAAUAUGCCGAUUACUUCACCCACCUCAACCUUAAAAUAUAGUCGAUCUGUAGGGAACUUGUUACGAAAGUCUUCUAUGUUUUUAAGGGACAAGUUCCAAAGUAGACAACAACAUUUCAAUAACAAUGACAAUGAUACGAACCCUCAGCCAUUGGUUUCCCAUCUCUCAACGUUGAAAAAGAAAAGAAAAGAUGUGCGAUCAAUGCCGCCCACACUAAAAAGCAUCACUAACACUUCCCAACAUAUCAAUAACAAUAAUAAUGAAGAAAUUUGUACCUCUUCGCAAUCUCAGCACUUGACAAAACCUUUAAAAUACUCACCUGUAGAGCCGCUGCCGGCGACGGACGAAGUAGAACAAGAUUAUCAUACACUUCCCUCCAUACUUCCCACUGCUACAAGCACUGUAAAACAGCGCCAUGUACGUAAGAAAAAACUACAGCGGCUGUCAUUGCCUUUAUUAAAAUUCACACAAAAAUCGACCAACGGAAAAGAGCUAAUAUCGUCACAAACAACUAAACGACAGGAGCAAAGACAACAGAAGCAACAAGAACCAUGUUAUGCUGAUUCUCCAUUGCGAAGGAGACGAUCAGAUUCAGAUUUAAAUCAACAACAGCAGCAGCAACCAGUUUCAGAAGAGCGAAAAACUGCUUCAUCUUCAUCAUCUGUACUCUGCACACUAAGCAAACAAUGGAACAAAUUACUCAUCUACACUACUUCUUGCAAAAAGAAAUAAUUAAUUACUUAUGUUUUACUUACCAAAUGCCAAAGUACUACUACUUUAUGCCUUAUGCUCCAUUCUUAUAGAAUAUAUAUUUGUACUUCAUACAGUUCCAAUAAUUAUAAGCAUUUAUCAAGUGCUUUCAUUUGAAUAUAUACCAAUCAACUAAUCACUUCUUACUCUUUUCAUCUUUACCUUCAAAGUACAUGAUCUAGCAUAGC